UAUGUGUGUGUGUAUGAUGCAUACACGAGUAUAUAUGUGUAUAUAAUAUAUAUAUAUAUAUAUACAUAUAUGCACAUAUGAAAACUCGAUAAAUUACAAAGUUGGAUUUUUUCUUCUUUAAAACAUAAGAUAUGUUACUUGCUUUUUAUUACAUAACAAUAAUGUUUAUUCAUAUAGAUACGUAUUUAUAUUUUUUCGCAAAUUAAUUUUUUGUUUCACACUUAUUUGCUUAAUAAGUUAUAAAUGUAUCUACUUUCCCCCUUUUUUUUCUCUCUUUUUUCCCUUUUUUUUUUUUUUUUUUUUUUUACAGUUUUUGUCUUUAUUGCAGAGAAAAGUUAAAUAAGAAUUUUGUUAUUAGUUUAACGAAUAUUGACAAAAUGAAAUAAACACGUUCAAUACUCUAUUAAAAGUGGUUUAUACGUACAAUUCUAAAGAUAAUUCCUUAAAUGUUAAUAUCAGCUUUCCUGUUAUUAAUUUACGUACAUAAGAAAAUAAGAUAAUAUAAAUAGAAAUCUAAUAAAGAGAAAGUCUAAUGUGUAUCCAAAAAAAUAGAUUAUGAAGUUCAAAAGUCUAUAAUCUAUUUUUGCCUUUUCUGCGUGAUACGACCAUGCUUAUAUUUUUUUACAUAUCUGUUUGCUGACAUUAUCAAUUACACUGGAUAAAACAGCGUAUUUAUAAUUUCCAAUAAAACCAGAUACAUACGUCAUAUGACAAGAAGUCAUUGCCUACUUUAUUUUGUUAUUUUUUUGAUGCAAACAAAGAAUAUCUGUAUAAGUAACUUGGAACUGUGAUGAAAGUACAUAUGAAAAUAACUGUGAUAUUAAUCAUAUAACAUUCGUUGCUUUUUUUUUAUAAACAUUAACUUUUACAAACGGCAUUUAUUUUGAUAAAUUUAAAUAUAAAUUUAAUAAAUUGGUUCGACUUUAAUAAUAAUUUCUAUCAUGUCACUGUCAUCAUCUUUAUUUGUAGGACGACAAAUUUUAAAUCACUGUAAUCAGUUUCUUAGAAAAAACCAGCUAAUAAUAAAAGAACAAUUACGAUAUUUGAAUCUUCAUGAAAAUAUUGCAUACAGUCUUCUAAAAGAAGCUGGAAUUCCAACACCACCAUUUGGAGUGGCUAAAACACCUGAUGAAGCUGCUAAAAUAGCUACUGAACUAAAGUCACAAGAUUUGGUUGUAAAAGCACAAGUACUUACUGGUGGCAGAGGGAAGGGUCAUUUUCAAAAUACUGAUGUUAGUGGAGUUGUUAUGUGUGAAUCUGCUGAGAAAGUAAAGCAAAUAUCAGAAAUUAUGAUUGGAAAAUUAUUGAUUACUAAACAAACAGGAGCUGCUGGAAGAAUUUGUAAUUCAGUGAUGGUGACAACACGCAUGUUUCCACGAAAAGAAUAUUAUCUUUCAAUAAUGUUGGAGCGUACUUUUAAUGGAAUUGUUGUGAUAGCAUCUAGUAAAGGUGGAGUAAAUAUUGAAGAAAUUGCUGCUACUGAUCCUGAAGCUCUCCUUUAUGUACCAGUUGACAUAAUUAAAGGCCUAACAUCAGAACAGAUAAAUUGUAUUAUUCAGAAAUUGGGUGUUAAAGGAAAGGGCAAAGAUAUUGUGUCGCUUAUUAUUUGUAAUCUUUAUGAAUUAUUUCUUGAAACAGAUGCUCUAUUAAUUGAAAUUAAUCCACUUGCAGAAGAUAUUUGCGGUGAAUAUUAUGCUUUAGAUUGCAAAUGUAAUUUUGAUGAUAGUUCUAAGUUUAGACAGAAAAAAUUAUUUGCUUUGGAAGAUUGGUCUCAAAAAGAUCCCAAUGAGGCACGAGCAAGAAAGUUUGACUUAAAUUAUAUUCAAUUAGAUGGAAUUGUUGGUUGUAUGGUAAAUGGUGCAGGUUUAGCAAUGGCAACAAUGGAUCUUAUAUCUUUUCAUGGUGUUAGACCAGCUAAUUUUUUAGACGUAGGUGGUAGUGCCACAAAAGAGACCAUUAUAGAAGCAUUUACAAUAAUAACUACAGAUCCAAAGGUUUUAGCCAUUUUUGUUAAUAUAUUUGGUGGUAUUAUGAGAUGUGAUAUCAUUGCAGAAGGAAUCAUCGCAGCUACUAAAGAAUUGCAAACAAAUAUUCCUAUAAUCAUCAGGUUGGAGAAAGAAACGUCAAGAAAGGCGGGGACACAAUGGCGAAACCAGCAUUUGGUGGCAGUCUAUUGCCAACACUUUACCAAGAUGGCUACAAUGUUGUCUCGAACGAUUUCACUCGCAGAGUGUCUUACCCGAUUAAAUGGUUCCAAGAUUUUAGCCUGCAAAAGUAAUUUGAAACAAACAAUAAGAAAUCUAAAUGUACAUGAACACAUCAGUUAUAGUUUACUUAAUGAAGCUGGUGUACCUACACCGAAAUUUGGUGUUGCAAAAACGCCAGAUGAAGCAGGAAAACUUGCAGCUGACUUGAAAACAAAAGAUAUUGUCUUAAAAGCUCAAGUACUUGCAGGAGGUAGAGGUAAAGGACACUUUAAAGAUUCCAAUAUUAGUGGUGUAAAGAUGUGUGAAACACCAGAAGAAGCAAAAGCAUUAGCAAGUCAAAUGUUAGGUAAAUUAUUAAUUACAAAACAAACUGGCGAAGGAGGUAGAAUAUGUAAUGCUGUUAUGGUAACACAACGUAUGUUCCCCCGUAAAGAAUAUUAUUUAGCAGUGAUGAUGGAACGUGCCUUUGGUGGUCCUGUUAUAAUAGCAUCUAGCCAAGGUGGAGUAAAUAUUGAGGAAGUAGCUGCAACAAAUCCUAGUGCCAUAAUGUAUGAACCCAUUGAUAUUAAUAAAGGUAUAACCAAGGAGCAAGCAGAGCGUAUUGUCACAAAACUUGGUCUUCAAAAUGUAAAAGAUUAUAUUUCCAAAAUUAUCAUGAAUCUUUAUCAAAUGUUUCUUAAGAAGGAUGCUCUUCUUUUAGAAGUAAAUCCUCUUGCUGAAGAUAUUAAUGGAAAUUAUUUUGCGUUAGAUUGCAAAUGUAGAUUCGAUGAUAAUGCCGAAUUUAGACAAAAACAAUUAUUUGGAUUAAGAGAUUGGACUCAGGAAGAUUCUAAAGAAGUAGAAGCAGCCAAAUUUGAUUUGAAUUACAUUGCACUUGAUGGAAAUAUUGGUUGUAUGGUUAAUGGAGCUGGAUUAGCUAUGGCUACUAUGGAUAUUAUUAAAUUACAUGGAGGCGAACCUGCUAAUUUUCUUGACGUUGGCGGUGGUGCAACUACCAGUGCCGUAAAAGAGGCAUUUAAAAUCAUCACUUCUGAUUCAAGAGUGCAUGCUCUUUUAGUUAAUAUCUUUGGUGGUAUUAUGAGAUGUGAUGUUAUCGCAGAGGGUAUUAUUGCUGCAACGAAGGAACUUAGUCUUAAAAUUCCUGUUGUUGUUCGAUUGCAGGGAACCAAUGUUGACGAGGCUAAAGCUUUGAUUGCAAAUGCAGGAUUAAAAAUCGUUCCAAUUGAUGACCUCGAUGAAGCUGCUCGUGUCGCAGUAAAAUUAUCGACCAUUGUUAAACUAGCACAGUCCGAAAAUCUUAGUGUCAAUUUUGAGAUUCCCGCAAUUUCAUAAUUUUAGUAAUGAAUAUAAAAUUUAUAUAUCAGCAAAAUCAUUACUGAUAUCUGUUCAAAUAUUGUCAAAUGGUUUCGAAGAACGUUUGAAAGUAAUAUCUGUAGUAAUAACUUCUCAAAUCACUUUUAUUAUAUACUAUUUAAAAAGUGACGCUUUAAGCAAUUAAAUCAAUUUAUUAAGUAAAUUUAUAAAAUCAUUUUGGGAUAACUUGAAAAGAGAAAAAAAAACUAUUAUUAUUACUUAUUAUUUUAAAACUUAUUAUUACUUUGAAGAGAGUUCUAUUUAAUGACGUGUUCUAUUUUAUAAAUGGCGAACUUUAUCUUUUCUUUUUUAAGACAGGCACAAUUUCUUUAAUAGAUUAACAUAUGAAGAUAAGUAUGGAUAUAAUUUAUUGUUUACUCUUUAGCAGGGUUCUGUGAUUCAGUAUUAAAAGUUAAGUUAUGUGUUACACACGUGUCAAUGUAUGAACUUACACGUGUGGUAUAUAUUGAUUUGUUCUAUGAAUAACGUAGCACAUGCUUAUUUAACUGGAGAUUAAAUUCAAAACAUACCAUUAGAAUAUAUAUAUAUAUAUAUAUAUAUAUAUAUAUAUAUAUAUAUAUAUAUAUAUAUACAUAUAUAUAUAUAUACACACACACACACACACACACAUAUAUAUAUAUAUGUAUUAUACAUGUAUAGCAUGUGCGUUGCAUAUAUACAUAUACGCGCGUGUACUAUCAAGUGUACAAAUUUCUUUAUUACUUUAUGUUGUUUUAGUUCAUUUUAUGAUUUAUGAAAUUGUUUUUAUUAAUUAUUUCUUAUACUACAACAUAAUAGAAUGUGUGAAAUAAUAUAAUAGUUAUAUAUAUUUUACAUGUAUAUUGAAUUUAUUUUUUACAUCUGUUUAUAUAUAUUUUCGAAAUAAUACAUUUUGUCCAUUUUUUAAAGAAAUGCGCAAAUAUGCAGUGUACAUCAUUACAAUGUUGUUUACUUAUUCAUUUAAUUUAUGUGUAGAUGUUAUUGAAAAUUAUUAAUAAUACUAAUUUGAAAAAAAGGACAAUGUCAAAAUGUCUCAUUUGAUAUAAAUCCACAAUAGUUUUCUUAUAACGAGUGCGUGUGAUAUUAAAGAAAUAAAUUCGUCAAAAUAAAUACGUCAAAUAGUCAUAAAACAUACUAUUUUUAUUGAAUUUUAUAUAUAUAAUAUGUAUGUAUAUAUAAAAUUCAAUUUAUAUAUAUAUAUAAUAUAACAUAAGCUGCCUAAUGCUUGUUUAAGUAUAUCAAGCUAAUAUAAUUUUAAUCAAUUAACUGUAUCGAUAUACACAAUUAUAUUAAAUCGAUAGUAAGAAUGUAAAUUUGUAUAAAUAUAUAAGUUGUCUUUCUUUAUAUUUUAUUUCGAUAAGAAAUUAUUGUAUAUUAUUAAUUACUAUUAUUAAUUAUUAUAUAUUAUUAAUUUUGUUUGUGCAUAUAUAUAUAUAUAUAUAUAUAUAUAUAUAUAUAUAUAUGCGUCUUUAUUAAUAUGACGAAUAGUUUAUUGUGAUAAUAUUCAAGGAAAAUAUAAUUAUAGAAAGAUUGAUUAAAAAAUAAGGUCAAUUUGUCCAUAAUUGUCGCGUAAUAUGUAUGAAAUAAUCUAAAAGUGCGCAUUAGUAUGUAUGAAAGUUCAACUUGAAUAAACACAUUAAUGUUACGCCAUCUAACUUUGCAGAUGCAGAAUUAAAAUCAGUUUUAUCUAUUUUCUUUUUUUUCUCUCAUUUUUUUUUUAUGUUAACUCGGUUGGUAUUUACAAACAAUUUGUAUAUGUGAUUUAAGUUGAUAUGUCGAUAACAUCAAAUGGUUACAGAGCUUCGCAAUAUAUCUUAUAUAAGAUUAACCCUUCUGAUACUUAUUGCGUCAUUUACUUCGCGCUUGGUACGUUUUAAUUAGAAUCAUAAAUUAAUAGAACAUUGUUUGUGAAAACAUUUUCAACAACAUACGCAACGAAGAAUUUUUCGCUUUGGUGAAUUCUCAUGUAUAUUAUUAUUCUCUCUUACUCCCUAUUAUCUCUUUAUAUGUAGACAGCUUUGAUUUAGCUAAAUUGCCGGAAACGUUUUAUUUAUUAUCACUUAUUCUCUUCUUCAUCUGUAAUAAUGUCUCUCGUAUCAUUUUUCUUCUACGUAUAUUUUCUUUCUUGUACCGUUUAUCUUUGUGAAGAAUAAAAUAUUUCAAUUUCGAAAGGAGUUAAUUUUUGUGAAUGGGAUAGUAUGUAAAAAUUGAAUUUUCCGCCACUUUGCUAUCUCGAUUCUUGGAAGAGCCUGAAGUCGUUGUAAAAGAAAGCGGCAUUCAACACGUAUUAAUGGCAAUUGGUGGCAAUCGUGAAGAGGCACACAGGGCGCGGCAAUGUUCAGUCGAUUACUUGCGUGCAUCGUCGUCGUCGUCGUCGUCGUUGUCAUCGUCGUUUGUCGUCGACAAGAGAAGUCGUGAGAGUGAGAAGGAUUUACAAUGCGGUGCGUUUGUCUUGUCGUUCAUAAUCGUAGCAAGUUUUGGCUGUAACAAGAGCGCCAAUCAUAUAAUAGAAUACGUAAAAACGUAAGAAAGUGCAUGGUCGUGUGUAAUUCUAUUGUGGUCUUGUUUGUCUUUACCGUUCAUAGUGCGGCGAGGUUAUCGCGUCGAUGCUGCGUAAGAAUAGACCGAUCAAAAUUGUGUGCGCCUUACGCACGGGGUGUGAGAUCAUAGUCGAAACAUUAUGACGGACGGUCGCCCUUGUUGCAAUACGAAGGAUCGUCCCUUCCUUUUCCCUUGUCUUCAAACAUUAUCGUCCCGUGUAUCGGAGAAUAAGAAAACAAGAGAUGAACGUACGUGAACCGAGCUAAAUUCGAAAAUAUUAUCCUUGGUUAAAAAGUGAAAA